AUGGAGCGUAUGAUUGACACAUUCAAGAUCUACAUCAACAUCACUGCGGCUCAAGCGAUGAAACUAUUCGCGGCAAAGAAAUACAUCAAGCGUUCGUGGCCGGAACAUCACCUCUACCUUGUCGCUGUCGGUGGUGCAGCUGGAGGGGCCGAGCAACAGGUGCUCGAUAAUAUCGUACUCUACGCAUCACUGGAGCUUUCGACAAUUAUGAUGGCGAGUUACCGAACUCAUCGCCUCGACUACCUCAUGCAUGAUGAAGAGCUCGCGCACUUUGCGCAGACAAUUGAGAUGGACUCUAGAUCAGAGCAUGAUUUUUUUUUGGAAGAGAAGUAG